AUGGACAGUUGCUACGACCCAGGUCUGGAUGGCAUCAUUGAAUAUGAUGAUUUCAAAUUCAACCCCUCCACUGUGGAACCCAAGGAGCCAGCCCCAGAGACGGCUGAUGCCCCCUACCUGGUGAUCGUGGAGCAGCCUAAGCAGCGAGGCUUCAGAUUUCGAUAUGGCUGUGAAGGCCCCUCCCAUGGAGGACUGCCAGGUGCCUCCAGUGAGAAGGGUCGGAAGACCUACCCUACUGUCAAGAUCUGUAACUACGAGGGACCAGCCAAGAUCGAGGUAGACCUGGUAACACACAGCGACCCACCUCGUGCUCACGCCCACAGCCUGGUGGGCAAGCAAUGCUCGGAACUAGGGGUCUGCGCUGUGUCUGUGGGGCCCAAGGACAUGACUGCCCAAUUUAACAAUCUGGGAGUCCUGCAUGUGACCAAGAAGAACAUGAUGGAGAUCAUGAUACAAAAACUUCAGAGGCAGCGGCUCCGCUCCAGACCCCAGGGCCUUACAGAGACUGAGCGGCGGGAGCUGGAGCAGGAGGCCAAGGAGCUGAAGAAGGUGAUGGAUCUAAGUAUUGUGCGGCUGCGUUUCUCCGCCUUCCUUCGAGCCAGCGAUGGCUCCUUCUCUCUACCCCUGAAGCCGGUUAUCUCCCAGCCCAUCCACGACAGCAAGUCUCCUGGGGCCUCAAACCUGAAGAUAUCUCGAAUGGACAAGACAGCUGGCUCUGUGCGGGGUGGAGAUGAAGUUUAUCUGCUGUGUGACAAGGUGCAGAAAGAUGACAUUGAAGUUCGGUUCUAUGAGGAUGAUGAGAAUGGAUGGCAGGCCUUUGGGGACUUCUCUCCCACAGAUGUUCACAAACAGUAUGCCAUUGUGUUCCGGACACCCCCCUAUCACAAGAUGAAGAUCGAGCGUCCUGUCACAGUGUUCCUGCAACUGAAACGCAAGCGUGGAGGAGAUGUCUCUGACUCCAAACAGUUCACCUAUUACCCCCUGGUGGAAGACAAGGAGGAGGUGCAGCGGAAGCGGAGGAAGGCCUUGCCCACCUUUUCCCAGCCCUUCGGAGGUGGCUCCCACAUGGGUGGAGGCUCUGGGGGCUCGGCUGGGGGUUAUGGAGGAGCUGGAGGAGGAGGUGGCAGCCUCGGCUUUUUCCCCUCCUCCUUGGCCUACAGCCCCUACCAGUCCGGCGCGGCCCCAAUGGGCUGCUACCCGGGAGGCGGGGGCGGGGUGCAGAUGGCCACCUCGGCGCCUGGCGGGGAUGCUGGGGAGGAAGCCGCCGAGCCCAGCGCGCCCCUCGUGGCCCCCAAGCGCGAGCCGCAGGCCCCGGAGAUGCUGCAGCGAGCCCGCGAGUACAACGCGCGCCUGUUCGGCCUGGCGCGGCGCAGCGCCCGAGCCUUGCUCGACUACGGCGUCACCGCGGACGCGCGCGCUCUGCUGGCUGGACAGCGCCACCUGCUGACGGCGCAGGAUGAGAACGGAGACACGCCCCUGCACCUGGCCAUCAUCCAUGCGCAGACAAGUGUCAUCGAGCAGAUAGCGCACGUCAUCUACCACGUCCCGCACCUUGGCAUCGUCAACCUCACCAACCACUUACACCAAACACCCCUGCACCUGGCGGUCAUUACCGGGCAGACCAGCGUGGUGAGCUUCCUGCUGCAAGUGGGUGCCGACCCCGUGCUGCUGGAUCGGCAUGGAGACUCAGCCGUGCACCUAGCGCUGCGUGCGGGGGCUGGUGCCCCAGACCUGCUGCGAGCGCUGCUGCAGAGUGGGGCUCCCUCCGUGGCCCAGCUUCUACACAUGCCUGACUUCGAGGGGCUGUACCCGGUACACCUGGCAGUCCACGCUCGCAGCCCGGAGUGCCUGGAUCUGCUCGUGGGUGACGGGGCUGAGGUGGAGGCUGCAGAGCGGCAAGGGGGCCGAACAGCCCUACAUCUAGCCACAGAAAUGGAAGAGCUGGGGUUGGUCACCCAUCUGGUCACCAAGCUCGGUGCCAACGUGAACGCCCGCACCUUUGCGGGAAACACGCCCCUACACCUGGCAGCUGGACUGGGCUCCCCAACCCUCACCCGCCUCCUUCUAAAGGCUGGAGCUGACAUCCAUGCCGAGAACGAAGAGCCCCUGUGCCCACUGCCCUCGCCCCCCACUUCUGGUAGCGACUCAGAGUCCGAGGGUUCUGAGAGGGACACCCGAAGCAGUUUCCGGGGCCACACGCCUCUUGAUCUCACUCGCAGCACCAAGGUGAAGACCUUGCUGCUCAAUGCUGCUCAGGACACCAUGGAGGCCCCCCUGACCCCACCCAGCCCAGCAGACGAGACCUGUCCACCCAGUGCCAAACCCCAGACCCGUCCUUACAGAGGGCCAGGGCUGUCGCUCGGGGACACAGCCCUGAAGAAUCUGGAGCAGCUGCUCGACGGGCCAGGAGCUCAGGGCAGCUGGGCAGAGCUGGCAGAGCGGCUGGGGCUGCGCAGUCUGGUGGACACAUACCGGCAGACUGCCUCGCCCAGUGGCAGCCUCCUGCGCAGUUAUGAGCUGGCUGGUGGGGACUUGUCAGGUCUGCUUAAUGCUCUGUCCGACAUGGGCCUGGAGGAGGGAGUCAGGCUGCUGCGGGGUCCAGAGACCCGAGACAAGCUGCCAAGCACAGCAGAGGUGAAGGAGGACAGUGCCUACGGCAGCCAGUCAGUGGAACAGGAGGCAGAGAAGCUGGGCCCGCCCCCUGAGCCACCAGGAGGGCUCUGCCAUGGGCACCCCCAGCCUCAGGUGCACUGACCCGCCACCCGCUCCCAGCCCCCUCCCUGGGAACCUUCUGUACAGCAUCCCUACCUGUUCCAACUUUUAUUUAACACCCCGUGCCCACCCCUCAGUUGGGGCAAAUAAAGGAUUCUCAUGGAAAAGGGGGACCCAGUCCCUCCCCAACUUA